UCUGUACAACGUAUAUAUAUAUAUAUUUAUAUAUAUUGAUAUACAACCGCUGUUUGAGUAGUAUAUCCUUGUACAUACUGCAGACUUCUUUGUUUCUUUUUUUUUGAUCCCAUCUCCAUCCAUACCUACUCAGCCGUCUCCAUCGGGCGGAAAAAGAAGCAUCCGCUGCACCAUCACCUUGUCUCAUCCGUGCUUUCGCCCCUUGACCACCGCCGGAUUCUGCAAUCGCGCGCGCGCCCCCUGACUUGCUGGCGAUCCGGGCACUCGGAUCACCAAUCUAACAAGCUCCGUGCACAAAGGGGUUUACGAGAACCAUGGCGGAGAGAACCGCUGCGAUAUCACCUCCUCCACAUUUCACUCGCCCUUCGGCCCCUUCGCCCUCCUACAGCCGACAGAGAUUGCUCACAACUAUUCUCCUGGUCAAUAAUAUCCACUGCGCAUCUUGUGUGACAUAUGCAAAAGAGGUCGUCAGCCAUUUACCACACAUUGCGCAGGUCGAUAUUUCAAUCCUCAAGCAUGAAGUCCGCAUCUCGCACUCCCCCAAGCUCCUGGCAUCAGAGCUUGUGGAUGCCCUCACCGACGCCGCCUUCGAGGUCUUCCACGCAACAACGCAAAAUGAAUUUGGCAUCCCCAUAAACGAUAUCGACAUCGACACCUCUUCCUGGAAUACAGGCUCCUGGCUCCGCCCGUCGUCCCGUCUUUCAGUGUCCACAAUGGAUACCCGCACAAGGGAGAGAAAUAGGAGGCACAUAGCCAACUGUGAUGCUUGUCAACGAGAACAAGAGAAGUACGCCAUACCAGACAAGGAUACACAACAGGAGAACACCCAAACCCCAAAGAUUUUAAUGUCCCAGGGUUCAAUCUUAAGCAUAGAGUCAUCUUCGCUGUCGAGUGGGAAGCACCCUUCACCCGUUCCUCAUGAGCCUGUCGAAAGUAAGGGCGAAGAUGAGUAUACUGCUCAGAUCAGCAUUAGCGGGAUGACCUGCGCAUCCUGCUCCAAUACCAUAACGGAGCACAUCCAAGAACUUGAUUUUGUCAAAUCAAUCGUUGUCAACCUCGUUACCCAUAGCGCCGCGCUUACCUUCCGUGGGCCAAGGGAGAAUAUCGACAAGAUCACGGAGCGGAUCGAGGAUCUCGGCUAUGACGCAAGCGCUGAAGAAGUGGUGGUUCUCAACUCGCGACCUCGGGAUCUCUACGUCGCGAACCUCAGCAUAUCUGGAAUGACAUGUGGCUCUUGUGUCGGUUCGAUCACUCGUGACGUCAAGGGCCUGUCCUUUGUGGCAGAUGCGGUUGUCGACCUCCUCAGCCACUCAGGAAGGAUUGAGUUCGAGGGCGAAGGGAAUCUUAAACAGAUCCUCGAUGCGAUCGACGAUCUCGGCUAUGAUGCCACUGUGAUCGACUGCAAGCCGAUUGAUCGCAUUGAAGAUGCAGAGAGUGGUCCCAAAGCUCGAACCAUUGGAAUUAAAGUAGAUGGGAUGUUCUGCCACCAUUGUCCUGGGACAGUCAUGGAGGCUUUGGGGAACCUCGAAGCCGGUAAAAUCCAAGUUGAAGAGCAAAUAACUACUCAGAAACCCAUCGUCACGAUUACCUACACUCCUGAUCCACCCAAAAUGACCAUUCGAAACAUCCUCAGUGCCAUUGACGCGUCCAAUAAUGCCUUCAAAGCGAGCGUUUACCAUCCGCCGUCGAUAGAAGACCGUUCUCGCGCGAUGCAGAAGCAAGAGCAGCGUCGUCUCCUGCUUCGUCUCCUGUUUACAUUCAUCGUCGCGAUACCUACUUUCCUCAUCGGCAUUGUCUGGAUGGCCGUCGUCCCCAAGUCAAACUCAGUUCGACAAUACCUCGAAGAGCCGAUGUGGGCAGGAUCCGCAUCGCGCUUGGAAUGGGCCCUCCUUAUCAUGACUACCCCUGUGAUGGUAUACGGCACCGAUGUCUUCCAUGCCCGUGCUUUGAAGGAGAUCCGUGCCCUAUGGAGGCCUGGCAGCCGUGUUCCUUUCCUUCGAAGGUUCUACCGCUUCGGGAGCAUGAACAUGCUGAUCUCCGCUGGAACGUCAGUGGCAUAUUUUGCUUCUGUGGCAGUCCUGAUUAUCAAUGCAAAAAGCGACAAGCACGAGGCAGGACACACAUCCAGCUAUUUCGAUACGGUGGUCUUCUUGACCUUGUUCAUCCUGGCAGGCAGAGCUCUAGAGGGAUACAGCAAGGCAAAGACCGGGGAUGCCGUUUCGAUGCUGGGCAAAUUGCGCCCGUCUGAAGCACUGCUCGUUGUGGAGUCCCCAUCUGCUGAGCAAGAGGGCCCCAAGUCAAGCAUCCAACGCGUGCCUGUCGACCUUCUUGAGAUUAACGAUAUUGUCAGCGUUCCACACGGAGCCUCUCCACCUGCGGAUGGCGUAGUUACCGGGACUGAUACAUACAAGUUUGACGAAAGCUCAUUGACUGGAGAAUCCAUGCCUGUACGCAAGGUCGCCGGUGACAAGGUCUACUCCGGCUCUGUGAAUGUCGGGCAACCUGUGUCGAUCCGAAUUACUGAUCUGGGCAGCGCAUCGAUGCUAGAUCAGAUCGUGGCGGUGGUUCGCGAAGGACAAGCAAAGAGAGCACCCGUCGAGAGAGUGGCGGACGUCAUGACGGGCUACUUCGUCCCUAUUAUUACCCUUAUCGCGAUUCUCACUUUCGUCAUCUGGGUUGGCCUGGGUGAAUCUGGUGCUCUUCCCCCAGAAUAUCUCGAUAGUUCUCAGGGAGGAUGGACAUUCUGGUCCCUCCAAUUCGCGAUUGCUGUAUUCGUCGUUGCUUGUCCCUGCGGUUUGGCCUUGGCUGCCCCUACCGCCCUGUUUGUCGGCGGUGGGUUAGCUGCGAAAAGUGGCAUUUUGGUUCGAGGUGGUGGUGAAGCUUUCCAGGAGGCCAGCCGUCUCGAUGCUAUUGUAUUUGACAAGACCGGUACUUUGACCGAAGGAGGCACUCUAAAGGUCUCCGAUCAUGAGGUACUUAUUGACAACGGGGAAUUGGAGCAAGUUGCGUGGGCCGCAGCCAAAGCACUGGAGGAGAGUAGCACUCACCCGAUAGCCAGAGCGAUUGCCGACUUUUGCAAUGAUCGGUCUUCAGUUUCAGUUACUUCGUCUUCGAUCACUGAAAUUGGCGGUCAAGGAAUGAAGGGAACGUUCACAGUACCUGCAAAGGAAGCCGAAGACACUCCCGUGGAAUACGAGGCUGCUAUCGGGAACCAGCGUCUCCUGAGCUCACUCAUGGCGGCAGACAGCGAUACUUACUACCUGGACAAUCUUCUAUCCAAGUACCAAUCGGCAGGACGCUCCACUGCCAUCCUCUCUAUCCGCAGAGUCUCUGGCCCUGGAAAGUUCGUCCCUGCCAUCGUCUUCGCCACUGCUGACCCUAUUCGCGCUGAAGCCGUCGACGUAAUUCGCCAACUCCGAGCCAACAACAUCGACAUUUACAUGUGCACCGGCGAUAACACUGUCACCGCUCAUGCUGUGGCUUCCACCAUUGGCAUCCCAAGCACAAACGUCAUGUCAAACGUUCUACCUACCCAAAAGGCAGAAUACAUUCGCAAGAUCAAAAACAACGAACUAUCCACGCAUACUGGCAAAUCCCCCAAUAAGAAACCCAUCGUCGGCUUCGUCGGCGAUGGCACAAACGACUCUCCAGCCCUUGCAGCUGCAGACGUCAGUAUCGCGAUGGCCUCUGGUUCCGACGUCGCCGUCAGCUCCGCCGGCUUCAUCCUCCUUAAUUCCGACCUGCGGACCAUCCUCGAGCUCUGCACCCUCAGUCGACGGGUCUUUCGACGCGUGAAAUGGAACUUCUUAUGGGCUGCGGUGUACAAUGUCUGCCUUAUCCCCGUUGCGGCGGGCGUCUUUUAUCCUAUCGUUAGCGGGCAUAAAACUGAUUCGCACGGACGGAUCGUGAAUACCCACUGGCGGCUGGAUCCCGUGUGGGCGGCUCUGGCGAUGGCUUUGAGCAGCUUGUCAGUUGUGAUGAGCAGUCUGGCGUUGAGAUUAGAGUGGAGGAGUAUUAAAGGCUGGGCCAUCAAAAUAUUAAAGCGCCGGGGCGACGAGAGAAUUUGAUAUGAGGGUCAUUUGGAAAUCUUUACCAAUUGAUCUUCCAGGAGUAACUUUUUUGGUAGCACAAUACCUGACCUACGACUGCUCCAAUGUUAGACUUUUAUUUAUUAAGCCUUAUGAUUCUGCACACAAAUGAUUGUAACUGUUUUCGGAAUUUCUGCUUCUCAUUCAUUUUUUGGAGAUAUCUCCUAAUUAGGAUCAGUUGAUUAUCAAUUGUAAUGGAUUAGCCAGAGUGAUAUUUAUUGUUGAUAUCAUUUAAUGCCACAAUUCUUCAACCA